UUUUUUUUUUUUUUAAAUGUCCGGAUUAUUUUUGAUUGUUUGAACAAUCGCGAUUUUUUUCUUUCUUUUUUAAUUCUGUUGGUUAUCACAAAUAUUCAACAAUGGUAUUAUCAGAAUAUGAAAAGAAACGAUUAGAAAAUAUUCAACGCAAUCAAGAAUUACUAAAAUCCUUGGAAGUGCCUAUGCGGCCAGCAGAGACAGAUUUGAAAAAGACAAAAGCACCAGCUAUCAAGAAACAUCACCCCAAGAAACAUUCAGCACCUACCCAACCUCGUCGAGUAUCAGCACGGAUCCGUGGUAUCGCAGCAAAACAGAUGGAAGUGGACGAAAACGAUACUGUAGUCAACCGACCUUCUUCACCUGUCAAGAUUGAACGAGUCGAUACAUUGAAUGAAAAGGAUCAUGCUCAUUUUUUAGAGAUGGUGGGUUCAGUCAAUACAGAUAAUAGUUAUGAUCAAGAAGAUAUCAAGGUAGAUCCAUCCUUGGAACCUCUGAAAGAACAACUGGACAAUCUCACCAUUCGACAUGAAUGGGCUACUGUGAAAAUGACACCAGAUAGGAUUAGCCAUUGUUUAUUCCAUCCUAAUAAAACUAAAUUACUUGCCAUAGCUACUAGUUCAACCGGACAUCUCUCAUUUUGGGAUAUCAACAACAAGGAAGAAGAAACUGGAGAUCCUGUGGUAUAUUCUUAUAGGCCAGAUACAAGAGGAAUCACUGAUGCCAAAUUUUGUAUAAAUGAUCCUUUGACUUUAUAUACCUCCUCUUAUGAUGGUUCUAUACAAACAUUCGAUAUGAACAAGGCCUCAUUUGGUAGUGUGAUGCUUAGUACUAAUGAUUAUCCUAUUACUAGUUUUGAUAUGACUCAGAAUGGACAAGUGUUAUACUUUUCAACAGGUGAUGGUCAAUUAGGUAUUCGAGAUUUACGUAGUGACAAAACAGAAACCAUGCUGACACUUCGGGAUAAGAAAAUCGGAUGUAUCCAUUUGAAUCCUGUGCAUUCACAUUUAUUGGUAGCAGCAAGUAAUGAUAGAACAGCCACCAUAUGGGAUACUCGCCAUUUAUCGAAACAUAGCAAGAAAAAUGUACAAGAAUUGGAACAUGGAUUUGCAGUGACAAGUGCAUAUUGGUCUCCUUCAGGAAAACAAUUGGCCACCUCAUGUUAUGAUGAUUAUCUUCGCGUUUUUGAUCUCAACAAAACCGAUCAUGUAGAUUUGAAGGGUAGAAUUAGACAUAAUUGUCAUACUGGAAAAUGGGUGACCAUGUUUAGGACUAAAUGGAAUGAAAAUCGACGAUUUGGAAUAGAUCAUCCUCAUUUUAUUGUUGGUAAUAUGAAUCAUCCAUGUAGUGUCUUUUCAGCCGAAACUGUUUCCAAACUGACGGAUUUAUAUGAUGAAGAUCGGAUCACGGCCAUUCCUGCUGUCAAUGAAUUCCAUCCUACUUUGGAUUCUCUUGCCUUACUCUCUGCCAAUGCAAGUGGUCGUGUUGUUUGUUGGACAUAAUUUUUUUUUUUUAUAUCUAGACAUUUCUUGUAUCAUAUACUCUUUUUUUUUUAUUCCAAUAUACCUCAAUAAAUA